AUGAAAGCACUGCCCGUUACCAGGAAAGCUAUUGAAGAAGAGUCCAGGAAGGAUGAAAAUGUAUUGCAGGUCAUAUGGAUGCUGCAUACAGAAACAUGGCCAAGUAAGCCUAUCAAAUCAACAACUGGAAGAAUCGUCGUGCCAACCUCACUUCAAGAAGUAGUAUUGAAACAACUGCAUGAAGGACAUCCAGGAAUGGCGAGAAUGAAUAUGCUCGCCUGUCAGGAAGCUGCGAAGGCGCCAAAGUAUACAGUUGUCAAUUUUUGGAUCACUGAGAAGAAACCUUGGGAUAAAAUUCAUAUCGACUAUGCGAAACUACUGAAUGGUAGAAUAUACCCUGGUUGUCGAUGCGUGUUAGAAGUGCCCAGAAGUCUUCGAGAUGUCGUCGUCGUCUACAACUGUAACGUUGAGAGAACUCAAAUUGUUGUUCGCACCAUUCCCAGGGUAAUCGUGUCAGACAACGGGAUGCAGUUUACAGCGAAGAAGUUCCUGGAAUUCUACGACAGGCAGGGAAUCGAGCACAUUCGUUCGCCACCUUUCCAUCCUCAGUCAAAUGAUCGAGUAGAACGCUUUGUGAACGUCUUGAAAUGA